AACACACACGAGUUAGGGGAGCCCAGCAAGCAAUAACAAACACAAGCAGCCAUUAGCGAACACAAGUUUACAGCUGAACAGAUAGAUCAUUUUCGUCCAUAAGGACACUUUAAGCCAUUUCUAUAUUCUGCUUACCGUGUGCGUAAGUGCUGCAUCGUACAUACUGAGUGCUCUGUCACGUAAAGGAUUGAACUGUAAUCCAACAUUUGCCAAAAACGAGCCAAACCAGCUAACACGCGCUAAUCCUUCCCUGGCGAGUUUGUUCUCGUACACGCAGCAGAAGGUGGCCAGUAUAUAAACAGUAGAAAGUCAACUAUAUUGGAUUUAUGCGGUGACAUGUGAGACGUGAGGACAUUUUGGACCUAUUUUUAACGCUGCGGUGACAUAAUAGAGGCCGACAAGUACACCAAAACCAUUGAAGGAUGCUUCAACCGGGUGGGUGGUGGGCAGGAGCACCUCUGACAGUCCUUUCCGUCAUUUUAUGCAGCAUAUCACCCUCGCCCACACAUGCAUACAUCUAUGCUCAUUACAGCAAUGUGACCUUGUUGCUUGAGGACCUGCCAGCCCUGUUUGGAUCCCCCCUUCCCAAGGAUGGACUCAUGGGUGUUUUAGUGGUUUCCCACCCUCUCAAUGGCUGUGCACCGAUCGCCCCCCCUCCUUCACUCCUGCCAGCUUUGGAGGCCAACACCACCAAAUUCAUAGCUCUCAUCAAACGCUAUGAGUGCAGUUUUGAUCGAAAGGUCUUACAUGCGCAGCAAGCUGGAUACAGCGCUGCCAUUAUUCACAACAUGUACUCCGACUCUCUGCUCAAUAUGAACGCCAGUAACGAUACCAUUGCAGGGGAGAUUGUGAUCCCCUCAGUCUUCACCAGCUUCUAUGCCUCUGAAGUUCUUAAGAAUUUUAUCAUUCCAUAUCAAGGAGCCUAUGUGAUAUUAAAGCCAGAGUUUGCGUUCCCACUCUCAUACUACCUUAUUCCCUUCACUGGAGUGGUUGGCAUGAUCAUUAUUGUGAUGUUUGUUAUCUUGGGCAUACGCUGUGUGCAGUACAGAAAGAGGCUCAGAAAAAAUCGCUUGUCCAAGGAACAGCUGAAGCGCAUUCCUAUUCACAAGUUCACUAAAGGUGAUGACUAUGAUGUGUGUGCCAUAUGCUUGGACGAGUAUGAAGAAGGAGACAAGUUGCGGGUUUUACCCUGUUCACAUGCCUACCACAGCAAGUGUGUGGACCCGUGGUUAACCAAGACUAAGAAAACGUGCCCCGUGUGCAAACAGAGGGUCACCCAGAGCAACACAGAACACUCCGAGUCAGAGUCGGACGAGGAGAGCGCAGGACGAGGAGGAGGAGGAGAAGGUGGAGGAGGGGAAGAAGGAACAGACGCUGACUCCGAGCGCACCCCUCUUCUCCGCCCGUCAAACCCAGGUUCUCCCUCUGGGAGUCCGGGGGUCUAUUCAGCCACCACCACCACAGUGACCACCGCCCAGUGCAUCUCCUCGCCGGCUCACGACAACUCUCCCGUGAUGGGAUACGAAGGCUACUAUUCCCCUCAGGAGGAUACAGACUCGGAAAGCUAUGAGACAGAAGAUGAGCGGCACCCCGGUGACGACGACACCGCUCAGCUUAUCGACAGGGAUACAGUGCGCAUCUGAUGGCUGAAUCGUCAACAUGACUCAACAAGAAAAGGGCCUUUGCUGUUCUUCUAUUGAUCACUCUGUACUCAGUUGAACCUUUUGUUGUAUUGUAACCACACACAGCUCAACUUAACACACAUGUUGCAUUGAUCCGUUAGACUUAUGAAUGAAUGCCACACAUCAGUAAAUGUUGAAGGGCAAAUAUGCAAAACUUACACUUUAGGAUGUUAAAGGUUUCUCAUGCUUCAAUUCUAAUAAUUUUAUGUGUGACAAUCUGUCCUUCACAUCUUUACUGUGUGUUAACGUUUUAGUUUUGCUUAUCUUGCACACUAAAUUACGCACUACUAAAAUAUCUGCAGCUUUAACAAUAUUUUGCUAUUGGAUCAAUACAUAUCUUAGCUUCAGAUGACUAAGAUCUUAAGAUGAAUGGGUUUGUUAUAAACACGUUUCCAUUUUUCCAUCUACUGUUUCUGGUGUGCCUAUCAAUGUAAAAACUGCAUGCCACAUCAUCUUUCAACCCUUAUGAAGUUUGUACAUUUGUUGUCACAUAUGUUGCUUUUUGUUGCGCACCAAGUAAAAUUUUGUGAUGUCAGAUAACAAACUGACACUAGUUUGACAACAUUGUUUCUGUGGGUGCAGCCAGUGGUCGCUGUACUGACUUAAUGCAUCACACAAACAAAACAAGUACAGUACAUGUUCUGCCACGUCUUUUGGACUGAACAAAUAUGGGAUUGCCUUAUAUUGUACACUAUGUACAUUUUAUGUGGGAUACCUUGUGUUCAAAAACUAAAAAGCUGCAGGUCUUUUAAGUCUUUGUCUUCACUGUUUUUUUAUUUGUACUGUAAACACUAAUGAGAUUAAUUAGUGUGAUUAAUGGGUAGCAAGUGUUGAGUUGCCACUAGGACAUGUUUACAAUGUUCCUGUGCAUCGAUCAGGUUUGGCUCUGUUAUAAAAAUUGCUGCAAAUUUAACAAUUUUUUGUAAACACUGUUUUAGUCUGUCCCCCUGCUAAGUGUAAAUACACUGUUUUACUUUAUGUUAAAUUCUAAAGUCAGCUGAAAAAGUUAGAAUGAGGGAAAUUUCCGGUUAUUGAAAUUGUCAAAUGAUUACGUGGAACUGUACGUUAUUUUUGUUUAAUUCUCCACACUGAAAAAUCAAUAGUACACUAAAUUAGCAAAUCUGUUAAAAUUAAAUGUCAUGCACUGCAUUAUUAGCACAUACACAAUGCUUGUUGGUUAUUUUAGCAAUAUAACUUUAUCACUUAUUUUAGCAAUAUAACUUUGAAAAAAAAAAUCGAUUUUAAAAUCACAGAUGCUGCAGUAUAUGCUGAAAAUGUGACGAUUCCAAGAAUGUUGCAGCCUAUGGGUAGCUGCAAUUUAAUGUCUGAUCUAUGGAAUAUUAAAUUGAAAAUUAA